CUAUGCAAUUAUUCCAUUUCUAUCAUGAAAGUUUCAUCUCAAAAAAAGUUUGCAUUAUCAAUAUUUCCUUUAUUUUUGGGGAUUUAUUUGGUUUUGGUCAAUUUAAAUUGUGUAGAAAUGUCUGCAAGUGAAGCAUUUACAACGAACGAAAUCGUUCCAGACAUUUUGGAUGAUGGUCCAAAGGAAUUACUUAAAGUUUCUUAUAGUUCAGGCAUAAAAUUAGAAAUCGGAACCGAAUUGACACCGACUCAAGUGAAAGAUCAACCAAAUAUUGAGUAUGAAGGAGAUAACGAUGCUUUUUAUACAUUAUUGUUGACUGAUCCAGAUGCACCGACCAGAACGGAACCGAAAGUUCGAGAAGUUCGACAUUGGCUGGUUGUGAAUAUUCCAGGAAAUAAAGUCAAUGAAGGUGAAACUAAAUGGUCAUAUAUUGGAUCUGGACCACCGAAAGGAACUAAUCUUCAUCGUUAUGUCUUUCUGCUUUUUAAACAAGCUAAUGGCAAGCAAGACUUUGAUUUACCAACUGUGCCUAAUACAUCUCGUGAUGGACGCCUUAAUACUAAUACCCGUGAAUUAAUUAAGAAAUAUAAUCUUGAAUUAGUUGCUGGAAACUUUUAUCAGGCUCAAUUUGACGAUUAUGUUCCAAUUUUGCAGGCUCAACUCGGUGGUCCACCGAAAAUCAAUUAA